UCUCACUUUGACACUACAUGGGUUGCAUCGAUUUGUCAAAUUGGAAUUGUCAGUGUCAAACCAGUCUUGAAUCAUGAAAAGUGCGAACGUUUGUUUGAGCACGUCCUACGGUUUCGUCUUCGGUGAAUUUACCUCUACUUUCACCACUUUGUGAAUACUCAUUAGUAUCAUUCUUAAAUGUGCUGUGAUAGAACACGGUCGUCUACUUAAAUAUAUAUAAUAGAAAUACUCAUGCCAUGGCGAAAGUCGCUACCGAAAUGGCAUACAGAAAUUAUUGUGUAGUGUUUAUAAUUUUCGCUCUAGUGAUAGUUCAAGCGGUGGGUUACGACACCGAGUUGUAUGAAACAAAGCCUUGCGACAGCAAUGCAUGCUUUGACGAGCUCCACGGGUCUUUAGGCGACUGUUCGUGCAAUGUUGACACCAUCGAUUACUUUAAUAACGUAAAGGUUUACCCGCGCCUUCAGAGUCUAGUGAGGAAGGACUACUUUCGCUUCUACAAAGUGAAUUUGAAAAAAGAAUGUCCGUUCUGGGCUGAUGAUAGUAAGUGUGCUAUGAGGUAUUGUCAUAUUAAAACAUGUUCCAAGGAAAGUGUGCCUGGAUACGAGAAUGGCUACGAAAAUGAUCACUUGGAUGAAACUCCAGCCACAAAGUACACGAAGGAAGCACAGGGUAACUGCGCCACUGAUGCAGACCAUGAUCAUGAUCUGGGCUACUUAAAUAUGACCAUCAGUGCUGCCAGUCAACAUGAAAUUGCCAAAUGGAAAGCUUAUGAUGACGCCCUAGAGAACUUCUGUGGAUAUGAUGACAAGGAUGUUGAUGCUGAGUAUGUGGACUUGUUGUUAAACCCUGAGAGAUUCACAGGCUACAAGGGACCCUCAGCUAAUAGAAUCUGGAAGAGCAUAUAUCAGGAAAAUUGUUUCAGACCAAAGCCUAAUCCUUACAGCUCAUUCCCAUUUGUGAUGACAUCAGAUUUAGGCAACAUGUGCUUAGAAAAGAGAGUUUUCUACAGAGCUAUAUCUGGUUUGCAUACCAGUAUAAAUGUUCACCUCUGUUCCAAAUACUUGCUCUAUGAAAAGGGUGCUGGUUUCACUACAGAUGGAGAAUGGGGUCCAAAUCUUGAAGAGUUCCAACGCCGUUUUGAUCCCUCACAGACCUUUGGAGAAGGUCCCAAUUGGCUGAAGAAUUUAUACUUUGUUUAUUUGUUGGAGAUGAGAGCAUUAGCUAAAGCUGGUCCUUAUUUAGAAAAGGAAGAAUAUUACACUGGCAACCCUACUGAGGAUGAGGAGACAAGAGAGGCAAUUCACAACUUACUGAGUGUAAUUUACUCCUUCCCUGACCACUUUAAUGAGUCAUCAAUGUUUAAUGGAGGAAUCCAAGCUGCUAAAUUGAAGGUGGAGUUCCGAGAGCAUUUUCGCAAUAUCUCAAGGAUAAUGGAUUGCGUUGGGUGCGACAAGUGCAAGUUGUGGGGCAAGCUGCAGACCCAAGGCCUUGGCACCGCAUUAAAGAUAUUGUUCUCAAGCAAAUGGAACAGUCCUGAACCUGACCCUAACCAGGGCAAGCUGCCUGUCAGACACAAAUCCCAUGAGAGACUGCAGAGGACUGAGGUUGUUGCACUGUUUAAUGCAUUUUCUAGACUCUCUGAGAGUAUACGGCAACUGGAGCAGUUCCGAAUAAUGCUAAGCUCGCAAAGAGAAGGAGAACAAAAGCAGCCGUUAUUUGGGAGCAUCCGGGAUAUGAAGUGAGAAGAAUGGACAAAUACUUCUAGAAUAAUCUUAUUGGCGUUAUUGGGACUUAGAAUAAUUCAAUGUUCCUUAAAGUCACUCUGUUUUGCGUUAGGGACUUAAUUUAUUGUGGAAAAUGGACGGGAGAAUUUCCCUACUCACUUUACGAGUAUGGAAUUUUUAAGUAUAUUAUUUAUUUAGUAAUAGUCUAUCCUGACUUUAAACGGAGCAUAGACUGCUUUUUAUUUUUGUUUUUACUUUUUCUAAACUACUUUUUACAGCUUCUCUUGUAACAGAAGUCAGACAAAUGCGAAGGCAAACUUCUUAAUACUCUUUCAAAAUUCUUUUGUUAUACUCAUUGUAAAUGAAAUUAUAAAACUGACUAUUUUUCAUCCUUUUCCUUCUUACUACUUCUAAUUUACCUUCACACCUAAGGGUUAGUAGGCUUCCUUAUAACGCCAACUUAUUUUAUUAAUUCAUCACAAGACUUAAAUAUUUAUUGUAAAACCCAGUGAAGUGUUGAGCUUAAUAAUUUUUAUAUAGGGCAAAGCUAAACAUCGUUGGAUAUCGAUUUCAAAUCCCAGUCGUGUUGAUAAUUACAGAGUGAUUGUCAAAGGCUAUUAUUUUAAAAUUAGUUCACGUGUCGUGUCAAUGACUAAGCAUAAUGGAUAUCACUACUGACACGCCAUUUGUUUUUUAAAGCCAGAAAGUUACACUAAUUUAGUAUUCACAUUUUAAAAUUGGAGCAAAGCGAUCGAUAUUUUGUUUUAUAAUUUAAAAUAUAUCAUUGGAACAAUUUGAAAAGAGAAUACUUCUCAUUUUCACAAAAUAUCGAAUGAACAAAGCAAAAACAAUAUAGGUCUUCCAAAAUUGAAAUUCUGGAUUCAACGUGUUUUUUGGCCUGACCUUGAGAUGUUCAGCUUUGUCCUUUAUUUCGUGUCGUGUUUAGACUAAGGUUAAUGGAUAAGUAAGUAGCUAUCUACAGAAAAACAAGGCGUUUGGACACUAAUUGAUUGUCAUUUCCAUUCUUGUACAGCCUAUGUACAUUACAUGAUUGUAUUUAUUUGGUUGACUAGAUUUGGAUCGAUGAUUGGGUCUUAUAAUGUAAUAAAAUAGUUUUAAGAUAAAGUUAAAGUGACAAAAUUCUGUAUUAUUUACAUUUGUGUUUUUGAUUAUUAAUCAAUGCUUUUGCCAAAAUGUAUAAUCCAUCCGCGUGAAUGGUUCCUUAAUAACAUAUUUAGUUAAAAUUGGCUCAACAAUCCUAUAAUAUUUAAUUUCUCUAGUCAUAUUUGAGUAAUAACAGCGUGCAAUAGCCUUUGCCCUCCAUGUUAGCCAUUUUGAACGUUUAUUUUAGCUUCAAAUGAACUGCGUAUAUUUUCAUUGUUAAAGAUUUUAUUGCCUUUGUUAAAACUUACAUUCACGUAGGUAUUUUUUGAAUUUCAAAUAUAAUUUUGAAACUAAUCAUCUGAAAUUUAAAAUGUUUUCAUUUAAAAUAGUAUGUAUCCUAACAUAGUUUGGACACAUUUAAUUCAAGGUUGAUAUAACAUUGAUACAAUCCCAAUUGUAACUGGCCGUUAUCCAAAAAACUAAAUUAACCAAAAGCCAUUGUAGUUUUGUUAUCUGCGAAAUGAAAUAGACAAUCUGCAUACAAAAUUGGAUAGCAUAGAUUCAGAAAAAAACAUUUGGAUUUGAUUGACUCGUAACAAUUUUUUUAUGUGUAAAAUUAAUCGAUAUAUUUAUAUUUUCUUGUGUGCUAUGCACAUAAGCAUAUAUAUUUUAAACAUUCUGAUAUAUCGUGGAAUGAAAUAUUUAGAUACAUCUACAGUUAAGUCAAUUAGGUCACAAACGAAUUGAUACACGUUUAAGUAUUACUAGCUGUAAUAAUAUAUAUAUAUUUCUUGUUAUGGCAACACUUCAAUAACUUAGUUCCUUUCGCAGUUACUUGUGAUCGCUCCUGUAUACAUAAAUUGAUGGUUCACACAGAUACAUUGUUUUGUUUAUAUAGUAUAAAUAUGAUAUUUGGAUACUUAUUUUACUUAUUUCUGUAAAUGUGUACCUUGAUAAUGGUUCAAUAUUUGUCCCCUGCGUACAAGAGCUGUAAAGAUUUGGCCAUUUUAUUUUUUGAUUUUAUUUAUUUUAAUUUUGGUACAUAUGUAAUAUAAUUAUAAUUUUGUAUUAGGCGUCUAUAGUUUUUAUUUUUAUUUAUAAUAUAUGGUUUUUGUUAAUUGUAUUGCUGUGAAUUGUUUAUUAAAUUUCCGUUUCUAUGAUUGUUAAACUACAUAGAGAAUUAUUUUCGCUCAUUUCUCAUUUCCACUAACGUUUGCUCGUUAAAAACAGAAAUAUUUGUUUUAUAAUUAAUUUCGCUGAAAAUAACGAGCAAAAUUGGUUCUGUAAACGACUUCUAAGCCAUUUGCAUUCCAUGUACUGAUUUCUACGUUUAAUUAAUUCUUAUCGAAACCAUAAAAUCGACGCCCUGUUCGAUUUACGAUCGUAACAGUUUUUUAUUGAUUGCUUCAUGCAAAAAUAAAAAAUAGAGUAAUAUAAUUAUUAGUUUAAACGUCUGUGAUUUUUAGAUUCAAUUAUCAUGACAACUUCAUUUUUAGUUAAUUUAUUUUUUAAAUAAAUGUAUUAACUUUU